ACUCAGAUUGUUUUGGGUACUUUCUACCUCGUUAUUUUCUACAUCAAGCAAUUCAAAGGAGAAGGUGUCUUCUUCUACCGGCUAAAAGCAAAAGGAGGACUCUUUCUUCUUUCUUUGAAUUGAUCUCCUGAUUGGAGCACAUAUAUCUAAUCUCCCUGUUUCUGGGUUUUAGUGUUUUAUAUCAACAAAAGCUUCAAUCUUUAUCAGUGGGUGAACUCCCAAGUUCACUUCAAUCAUCAAAGCCUUUUGCUGUUCUGGUCCAAUAAGUAAAUCUUCAUCAGAUUCAAUCUGGGUUUUCUCUGAUUGUAGAAACCAACCUGGUUUAUUGGAGAGUGUGAUGAGAUUCUGAAGUGGGGUUUUGCUGGGAAGUUCAUCAAUGGCAGCAACCCAAGAUUUGAUUGAGGUCAAAUUCAGAUUAUCAGAUGGCACCGACAUAGGUCCACACAAGUACAGCCCAGCUGCCACUGUUGCAUCACUCAAAGAGAAAAUACUUACACAAUGGCCCAAAGAGAAAGAAAAUGGUCCAAGGAUGAUAAAUGAUUUGAAGCUUAUUAAUGCGGGAAAGAUACUGGAAAACAACAGGACACUUGCUGAUUCUAGACUUCCAGUUGGUGAACUCCCAGGAGGUCUCAUCACUAUGCAUGUGGUUGUGCGUAUUCCUGUUGCAGACAAAAAGAGUGAUAAGUUGCAGAAUGAUUCACCGGAGACGCCUAGAUGUUCAUGCACAAUAUUGUAGCUCCAGGUCCCAGUCACAAGCGCCAGCAAGAAGCUUA